UCUCUCACAUUCAUUCUCUAAGAAAUUCAUAACAUAGCAGUAAAUUAUCAAGAAAUGGAAAGCUAUAUUGAAACAGAUUUGAUUGUUAAUCACAAAGACACCGAGUUAAGGUUGGGAUUACCGGGAAAUGAUGAACAAGAUAAACAUUCAUGCAAUAUUGGAUCGGUUGUUAGAAGCAACAAGAGGUCUUUUUCACGAGAAACAAGUGUUGAAGAGUCUUCCAUCUGCAAUGCUUCUAGUUCCUCAACUACAAGUGAUCAUGACCAAAGCAGUGUUCAACCUUCAAAGGUGCAAGUAGUUGGAUGGCCACCAGUUAGAUCGUUUAGGAAGAACAGUUUACAACAAAAGAAAAUGGAAGAUGGAAGUGGAAUGUACGUGAAAGUGAGCAUGGCUGGUGCACCUUACUUGAGAAAGAUAGAUCUUAAUGUUUACAAAAGCUAUUCAGAACUUCUCAAAGCUUUGGAAAAUUUGUUCAAGUGCACAUUUGGUGAGCAUUCAGGUGAACAUGCCCCUACUUAUGAGGACAAGGAUGGUGAUUGGAUGCUGGUUGGAGAUGUUCCUUGGAACAUGUUCUUAUACUCAUGCAAAAGGCUGAAGAUAGUGAAAAGAUCAUAGGCAAAGAGGUUGGCAUGUCUAUGACCAUUCAGAAUUAACACAAGCAAAACUCAUGGAUGAAUCUCCUAAGGCAUGCAUGAAGAUUAGAUUUAAAUGUAGACGAUGAGUUUUUUUUAAUCUGAAAUCUCAAUCCAACAUUCAUAGUGCUCUAGUCGCAUGAAUAGCGUAACUAUACAGAAUCCAAAUUUGAGUUCUAUAAAGAUGGCUUUGAGUUUCGUUUUUUAAAUUCAAGUUUGCUAGAAACUUCAAAAGUCAAUGCUAUUUUUUCAUUUAGGUUAGUGCAAAGUAGAGAAAAACUAAAGAAUAAGUGAAUGAAUGUAUUGUAUUGAUUAAAAGAAUGUAUUAUAUAGAAGUGAAGAGUACCAAAUUGAACCUAACCAACAUCAAUUAAUGUUAAUUACCUUAACUGACUCACUAACUAAUACUAACUAUCUUAAUAUUAAGAAAAUUUCUUUAGCCACCUCCCUAUGAGGGUGACCCCCAGCGAAAAUCCCAAAAUAUCCCUGCUUCGGAAAUGAAUUUCCGA